UAGGGGUGUUUUUUAUUUGAAAAAAGGGUACAUGUUUAAAAUUAGUGAACUAGGGAAUUUUCUCAUUAUGAUCAUAUCAAUAGGUGAUCAUUCACCAAGUCUUUAUGUAAUGCUUUGAAUGACGAUGAACUUCAAGAUUGAUGAUCAAGACACAGAAGACGAAGAGGCAGUUCGGAAUCGAUUAGGUGUAUAAAUUAUAGCUGCCAUUAAUGAGAACUUGAGCAUAUCAGUAAAAUGUUGGAUGCUUUUCGGAACUGUAAAAUUAUCUACCAGCCAAGGUUUAACCUUUCUUCUUACCACCCCUCCUGUCACAUGAUGGACUUCAUCCUCCAUCACAUGAACUUCAGAUUGGUUGACAACCUCUCUUUCAGAAGGGCCUCCCCUUCCUAUCACCCCUACAUUCUGCGUUUAUACUUUGGCAUUCUCUUCUGGAUCCAGUCCUUACGUGCUGGUUUCCAUGUUUCUGCCCUUUCCUGCGAGCAACACCAAUUCUUAAUCCAUUUCCUUUCCAACAACCCGCCGGAGACUUUACCCGUCGCCGGCCCUCUGCUUCUCCUCUUCAAAACACUCUGUUCUUCACAACCAGAGCUUUCCAGCUACGGGAAAGUCUACCCACGCCUCCCUGUAAAUCCCGGCCCGGAGAGAAGAAGCCAGUUCUUGAAAGAUUCCUUGGAAUGUCACUUCCUCCCGAACAUCCCGGGAAUCUUUGCCCUUCUGGAGCACUUGAAUGGGGAAAUCAACGGUCAAGAACCGCGGUACCCGGGAAAGGGUGACCAUUUCCCGGUGAGGGAAGGUGCCGGCGAAUCCGUUCUUUUCGGCCACCACAGUUUUCCGGUGGUGGAAGAAAGGACUGAGUUUGAGAAGUGGAGCUUGAUCUCCCCUGGGCUGCAGUACCCCUGCGAGGCCGACCGGAAACUGAACGAAGCAUUUGCCAAGCGCUACGAUGACUUUGACUUUCCGGCCACCGCCGGCGACGAUGAUCUGAGCAAGUACGACAGGUACUUCAGCAUGAAAGACUCAAUGGCUUGGUUUGUUCAGGUCAAGCACGUGGCCGGAGUUGUCGCCGGGUUCUUUGAAGGGUCGGGGACGUUGGCUGAUUGCGAACCGUCGUGUGACGGCGGCGGGAUGGUCGCGAAUCAAAUAACGGUAGAGAUAAUCAGAGGAGGAAUUGCGCCGCCGCCGGCCCCUACCCAGUCUGCUGACGUGAGGUCACUUUAUGAAUUUGGUUUCAAGGUGGAGACUUGCUCCCGGAAAUUGCCGCCGCUUACGGAGGCUGUCGCUGCCUGCGCCCAGACUCACAUUAGGAUGUUUUGUGAUCACCCGAUGUUUGCCGGAUUCGGAGAAGUCAAACCGAGAGAUGGACCGGUGUGGGAAAUCAGGCCAAUUGAAUGUAGCGCUAUCGACGAAUCAUCUUACCUGUCAAUUGGGGCAUCAGUGAGAAGAAUGAUGAAGGCGAACGGCCGGGCUUGAUUUGUUCUCCCUCGGUUUUGAACUGUAACACACUUUAGGAGGACGGUUUAUGUUUGACCGAGAUAAA